UUGGUGGUAGUACUCAUAAUUCUUUGGGUAAUACCCAUGGGUAUUGCUACAAGAGAAGUGUUGCUUUUCAUCUCAUCUCAGUUCUUACUUGCUGUUUUCACAUUUGGGAACUCUGCUAAGUCAACAUUUGAAGCCAUGAUAUUCGUGUUUCUGAAACACCCAUUUGACGUCGGUGAUCGUUGUGUCAUUGAUGGUGUCCAGGUUGUCGUAGAAGAAGUAAGCAUUUUGACUACAGUCUUCCUGAAAUAUGACAAUGAGAAGAUUUAUUAUCCGAAUUCAAUUUUAGCUACAAAAUCCAUCAGCAAUUUUAACCGGAGUCCAGAAAUGAGGGAUACUGUGGAGUUUGAGUUAGACGUUUCCACUUCCGUUGACAACAUUUCAGCUUUAAAAGCUAAAAUUAAAACGUACAUAGAUAGCAAGCCUCACUUAUGGCGACCAAAGCACAACGUUCGGGUUAGGGAGAUUGUAGAUGUGAACAAGAUGAAAAUGAGACUGGACGUAACUCAUACGAUAAACUUUCAGAAUUAUGAAGAGAAAAACGAUAGACGAUCAAACCUGGUGCUGGAGCUGAGGAACAUCUUCCAACAACUUGGAAUCAAAGUGUAUCAAAUUCUUCCCCCAACAAGUUCUGAUUAGCUACAUGCGUUGCGUCCGCAUCACCAUAUAUUGGCCAAUGCUGAACAAUACUGUGACAUCAUUGUAGUGAAUCUUGAUUUUAUUGGUAAUUUUCCCUGGAUAUGUGGAAUUUCUUUCAAAUGAAAUUUGGACAUUACAAUAACCGAUAAUAAGACAUUAAAA